AUGGCAAUUAAUAGUGUGAUAAGAUUGCAUCUUCUUAUUGUAAUAUUGUUGAAGCUCAUUGAACUUCCUAAUUUACAUGCUCAGGAUGAUCAAGCAGGAUUCAUAAGCUUAGAUUGUGGGCGACCUAAUGGUGGGUAUACAGACAGGGAUACAGGGUUGAGAUAUAAUUCAGACAAUGACUUCAUAGACACUGGAGUAAGCCAAAUAGUCGCCCCUGAAUUAAAAGGAGAGACUUUGUAUCAACAAUAUCUGUAUCUUAGGAGCUUCCCAAAUGGAACUAGAAACUGCUACACUUUGAACACUCCUCCUCAAGCGAAGGGAAAAACGUUCCUAGUAAGGGGGAGAUUCUAUUACGCAAACUACGAUAACAAGCAUUAUCCCCCUAUUUUCGAUCUUCAGAUCGGGGUUGACGUGUGGGGCACCGUUGAAAUGUUCAACGAGGGUCAACCAGUAGACAAAGAGAUCAUGUAUACACCAAAGUCAGAUUUUAUUCAAGUUUGUCUUAUCAAUACCAACUCUGGAAUCCCUUUCAUAUCGGCUCUAGAGAUAAGGCCUUUCAGUGAUGAUACCAUUUACAAGUCGACAGAUUAUUCUCUCAAGUAUCGUGGAAGGUGGGACUACGGUUCAACAAACGCUAACUGGUAUAGGUAUAAAAACGACAUCUAUGACCGCAUUUGGAUUCCUGUGAACAUAAUAAACAAUACUAGGCUCACAACCGAGUCUCCCAUCGCACCUAAUAAAUACCAGCUCCCUCUCCUUGUCAUGAAUACGGCCAGCUCUCCCCAAAACCCAAACGAUUCCUUGGUUGUUUCAUGGGGCCCAUUUAAUAUUAGUGAUCAACUUUAUGUUUACUUACACUUUGCCGAGCUCACUCCCUUGGCUUCGCGAGCAUUUGACAUUUAUAUCAACGGAAAGCUCGUUCAGACAUCUUAUUCUCCCAAGUAUCUCCAGACAGAAACUAUUGUGGUACCAUUAAUAGAUGUUAGCUCAACUUAUGUAUUAUCUCUAAAUCGGACCAACAAUUCUUUGCUACCUCCUCUCUUGAAUGUCUUAGAGGCUCACUCAAUCAAGAAAGCAAGCAAUACUCAGACCACUGAUACUGACGUUGGUGCUAUUAUGGGGAUUAAGUCAACAUACAAGGUGUUGAAAAACUGGCAAGGGGACCCUUGUGGUCCUAAACCAUUUCUUUGGGAUGGGAUCGUGUGCAGUUACAAGAAUCUCAAUCCACCACAAAUCAUUUCCUUGAACUUAUCUUCAAGUGGGUUGACUGGGGAGAUAUCUCCUUUCAUUAUGAAUCUCACGUCAUUACAAACUUUGGAUUUGUCGAACAAUAAUCUAUCUGGGAAUGUUUCAGAUUUUCUACCUCAAUUUGGUUUGUUGCGCAUCUUAAAUUUGAGUGGAAACAACUUUACAUGUCCAAUGCCACAAUCACUCCAAGGAAAGAUAAGUGAUUAUUGCAAUGUAAAUUCAACAUUAAUAACAACACCAACACCAAGCAAGGCUGGUCAUAAUUAUACUAUUAUUGCAAUAGUUGCUUCUGUUGGCGGGUUCAUAUUUCUUAUAGUUGCUGUUUCAAUUCUCCUGUAUUGCAUUUGCAUUAAAAGGAAAACAAACCAGACAACAACAAAAACAACAACUGUGCAAAGCCCGAGGAUUAGCUUUAACAAAGGCAGUUCUAAAUUUCAGAUUAAGAAUUGUCAAUUUAGUUACUCUGAGAUUUUGAAUAUCACAAACAACUUCCAGACGUUUCUGGGCAAAGGAGGCUUUGGAACAGUCUAUCUUGGCUAUGUCGGAAACACCACGGUUGCUGUUAAAAUGCUUUCUGAGUCAUCCACACAAAGUUACAAGGAAUUUCAAGCCGAGGCUAAGUUCUUGGUGAGUGUUAAUCAUAAGAAUUUGACUUCUGUCCUCGGCUAUUGCGACCAAGAUGAUAAAAUGGGACUUGUCUACGAGUUCAUGGAAAAAGGAAAUCUAGAAACUCAUUUAUCAGGUAAGAGAAGCUCACAAAUAUUGAGUUGGGAGGAAAGACUUCGAAUAGCAGUCGAUGCAGCACAAGGAUUGGAGUAUUUGCACAACGGCUGUAAGCCAAUGAUAAUCCACAGAGAUAUUAAGUCUUCCAAUAUCUUACUAAACGAGAAAUUUGAAGCAAAGCUGGCUGAUUAUGGGUUAUCGAAGACAAUCCCCGUAGAAGGAAACAAUUAUAUCUCCACGGUUGUUGUUGGCACUCCUGGUUACGUUGAUCCUGAGUACUAUGUUACAAAUAGGGUGACAGAAAAGAGCGAUGUUUAUGGUUUUGGAAUCGUCCUCUUGGAGAUAGUGACGGGGAAGUCCGCAGUGUCAAGGAGGCAAGGCGACACCCAUAUAAUUCAAUGGGUGGGUGGAAUGAUAUCAACAGCGGAUGCUAAUCAGAUUGCUGAUAAUAGGCUAAGGGGAGAUUUUGACACAAAUUGUUUAUGGAAACUUGUGGAAUUGGCAAUGGCUUGUGUUUCGCGAGAAUCGGUGAGGAGGCCAAACAUGACUCAAGUUGUGAUGGAGCUAAAGGAGUGUUUGGCAAGCGAGAUAGCUCGUCACGACACAAGAUCAAUGGGUUCGGUUAGUGGCGGUUUUAUGUCAAUGGGGCUAGUGAGUAAUGGGCAGCUAACGGGUCCUCUUGCAAGGUAAAAAAUAAAGAAAGAA